UGACGUCACGCAUCGGCAACCAUUCGCUGACGUCACCCGGAUGUGACGUUCAAAAUCCUCGCCGCGAGAGCCCGGAUGAGAGCUGUGACGUCACCCACACGAAAUAAUAUUGGGAGCGACGCGUGACGUCACGAUUAAAUAACCGGCAGUGACGUCACGGGGCGAGCGGAAGCGCCGGCACGUGCCGAGUAAACAGCCGAGAGCGAGCUCGCGUGUCCACCCUCAUCCACCACACUCACCCUGAGCACACUCACCACACUCGCCCUCACCCACCACUCAUCACCCACCACACUCACACUUAGCACCCUCACCCUUAGCACACACCCUCACCCACCACUCUCACUCGCCACACUCAUCCUCAUCACACUCACCCACACUCACUCACCCUUAGCACACUCACCCUCACCCACCACACUCCACUCACCCUUAGCACACACCCUCACCCACCACUCUCACUCGCCACACUCACUCACCCUUAGCACACUCACCCUCACCCACCACACUCCACUCACCCUUAGCACACACCCUCACCCACCACUCUCACUCGCCACACUCAUCCUCAUCACACUCACUCACUCACUCACCCUUAGCACACUCACCCUCACCCACCACACUCCACUCACCCUUAGCACACACCCUCACCCACCACUCUCACUCGCCACACUCACUCACCCUUAGCACACUCACCCUCAUCCACCACACUCCACUCACCCUUAGCACACACCCUCACCCACCCCUCUCACUCGCCACACUCACCCACACUCACUCACCCUUAGCACACUCACCCACCACACUCACUCACCCUUAGCACACUCACCCUCACCCACCACACUCCACUCAGCCUUAGCACACUCACCCUCACCCACCACUCUCACUCGCCACACUCACCCACACUCACUCACCCUUAGCACACUCACCCUCACCCACCACACUCCACUCACCCUUAGCACACCCACCCUCAUCACACUCACCCACCACCCUGACCCACCCUUAGCACACUCGCCCUCACCCACCCUCACCCACCACACUCACCCUGAUCUACCACACUCGCCCACACUCACCCUCACCCACCACAUUCACCCUCACUCACCACAUUCACCCUCACUCACCACACUCGCCCACACUCACCUUCACCCACCACACUCACCCUCACCCACCACACUCGCCCACCACACUCACCCACCACACUCGCCCACCACACUCGCCCUCAUCACACUCACCCCGCGCACUCGCCGUCUAUACUACACGCACUACUCAAACACUGCACACAAUACACUCCACUCGCCCUCAAUCACACGAGGUAGUCCACAUUACACACUAAAUACACCACGGACCUUCAAUCACACGAGCUUCCUCCCCCGCCCGGCCCCCGACGACCCCGAGGAAGUCCGGGACCCGCGUCCUCCUCGCAGAAGAUGGCCUCGGCCUCCUCCUCCUCCGCCUCGUCAACCUCCUCCGCCUGCUCUCCGCCCACCCCCCCGUGGCCCGAGGAGUCGUCUGCGCGGCGUCUCGGCCUCUGCUCCCCGCUGGGCUCGCUGCGCUCCCUGGGCGGCCGCCUGUCCCGCCAGGACGUGGCGGCGCUGCGGGAGCGCUUCCCCGCCGAGCUCGGGGCUGGACCCGCAGCCGCCGCCGGCCGAGGAGGAGGAGGAGACGACGACGACGGCGGCGGCUGCUGGGGGGGGAACCCGGGGGGAGGCAGCAGCGGCUGGAGCGGCGAGGAGGCGCUGCUGGCGCUGGCCCGGGCCGGGCGCCUGGGCGAGGGGGAGCCCCGCGCCCUCCGCAGGAUUCUGCGAGCGGCCAACAGACUCGACCUGGCGCACAGAGCCGCGGGGGGCUCGUACGGGGCGAGCGCGCAGGUGUAUUUGGAGCAGGCCGAGGCACGCGAGGAGGAGCCUGUGACUCCGCUGCCGCCCUCCCGUAACCUUCGCGCAGGCGUGCGUGUGCGCAGGCGUACGAGCCGGUUCCCCAGGAUGCAGAUGCAUGGCAGGGCUGGUAGAGAGGCCACCGAUGGCACCGAGAAGCGCACGUGCGACAUUCGCUUGCGCGUGCGCGCAGAGUACUGCCACCACGACGCCGCGUUGCAGGAGAGCGUUUUCUCCAACAAGCCCGACCCUCUGGAGCGCCAGCUCGAGAGGUUCUCGCAGGCCGUCGCGACGCUUAAGUCACGCGACCUUGGCGCCAUCAUCUGCGACAUCAAGUUCUCGGCCCUCACGUACCUCGACGCGUUCUGGCGCGACUAUCUCAACGGGUCGCUUCUGGAGGCCCUCAAGGGCGUCUUCAUCACUGACUCGCUCAAGCAGGCCGUGGGGCACGAGGCCAUCCGCCUGCUGGUGAACGUAGACGAGGAUGACUACGAGGCCGGGCGGAGGAGGUUGCUGGGCAACACGAGUCCAUCGGCGGCGGCAGGGGAAGCGGCGGCGGCGCCGGCGGCAGGAGCAGCGGGGCUCUGAUGCGGCGAGCGCCGGGAGUGAGCCGUGUUGGCUUGCCCGCUGCCCGUCCUGUACGAUGCUCGUCGCCACGGAUAGUUAAAGGGGCUUGUAACGAUCCACACCCCGCCCACCCGCCCGCCCGCAGCCGCUGUCGACGAUUGUCGCGGCUGAAUUUCGAGAGCGUCUGUCCUUUGUUGUGUCGUUUUGACUUUCUCAUUCGUGUUGUCUCUCGUUUUUUUUGUCUCGUCGUUCUCACCAUUAGCCUCAACGUUAACAUCUGUACAUAAGUUGCACGAUUGAUGCUUACACGCAAAUAUAAUUGAUGCUUACACGCAUGAUUCGGUGCACGUAUUGUGAGUGUAAGAAUUGAUUUUAAUAGGUGGAUCGUUACAUGCCUAAUAUUUAACAUUAUACAAAACUAAGCAUCUAAUUAUAUAUGUUAAUUCUAGAUUUGAAGCUUUCGUGACUGCAAUGAUUCAUAUUCUUAGGUUUUUUCGGUAAAGUCACGUAGGUAAAAAACAUUAAAAAGUAAAAUAAAAUAAAAAUCACGACGUUUCGGAGGCAACACAAGCUUCCGUCUUCAGGUGGUACCGUCACAGCCACGACAGCUGUAUCAAGUAAAUGAGAGAUUGCAGGAGCUACCACUCCGUUUAUAUAAUGGUUGGAGAAGGUGGUGGGGCAAGGGCCGCAUACUUUUAUUAAUAUGGUAAGGUGAGGUUUAAGACUAAGAAUAGACUGCAUAACAAAGGCUGAGCCUUAAUUUUUUUUUACCUACGUGACUUUACCGAAAAAACCUAAGAACAUGUAUGUUUAACACAUUCAAUGGUUGGUAUACUUUCUAUUCAUUGUUUAGUCUCCAAAAAUCACUUCGGUAAAAUGGUAUUUCCAUUUUGUAGACGUGUUUUACAGAGACGAUGAUUGGAGCAGAGGGACUUUCCACAAGCAGACGUACACAUGGGCAUCACCGUGUGUUUGCAGAGCACUCGCAACGCGAAACAACACAAAAGGCAAAUGUGCAUUCGCAGGCAAACAUUUGCCGCAUCGCAGGCUCAUGGGCAUACGUACAACACAUGGGAACAAUUCAAGCGUAAUUGGACAGUUGGGCGCACUUUCAAAUGCGCGCAAGCCGGUCACAUUACUGCUCCAUCUCCACGGCGGUCGUCCGUGCUUCCCCCUUCCCCCUUCCUUGGCUGCUCCUCCGUCGUCAGUCUCGACCGCCGGCCGUCUUCCCUCGUCGCGACGCGUCCCCCGCCCAGGCGCACUUGCCUCUCAGCGGUCGACAUGAUGACGACGACUCUGACGUGCUCCCCUUUCCGUCCGUCUUGUCCGUCGUCACCAUUCGUGUACUUGUCAGCAUCUGUUGCAUUUUCUAUGUCACGUCGUUGUCCACGUUUCUGAUCCCUGUGUUAUAGCAGUUAAUAUACUCGGUAAAAACUGAAUCCUUUCUGCACAUUGCUUUCGUUUAAUAGGUUCGGUUUUUCCAGAGAACCUUGUAUAUGAACUCUGAUGUGAUUUACAGUUGUGUCCUGUCAAGAUCUCUUCAGUUUAGCAGACUUGUACAAGACUUGUUUUUUUUUUGGCUUUUGUUUUGUUGAUAUUUAUCUCGAGCCCAACUUUAAUAGUGUGCACAUACAGACACGAAACCACGCAUCACGACUGGAUAUCAAGCAACGCCCCAUGGCCACCGAAUGAAACGUCACGACAUUCACACCCCGCUGGUGCGACGGGGACCCGCGUCUGCAGUGAAGAGUCGACGAGCCGCCACACCGCACGCUAUGUAACGCAAAUGGUCGCCAUUUGCGUACACGAGGUCGAACAAUUUGCGGUUGCAUACCAAGAGACGUGCUGUUACUUUUGUGUCUAGUUGCGCGGCACACAUUUUUUAAAAACGUGUUUGGCUCAUUCCCGUCCGCUCUCGCGCGAGGAGUAGGCGACUGCACACGCGGGAGGGUUGCGGCUCCAUCCUGGCAGCGUCGCAUCUGACGACACCUGCCUAUGACCGUGCACUUCGUGGUACCUUUGCAUUUACUUUAAAUAAAGAUUGAUAUGAGCACAUUGAUCUCUUGUGUG